GCGUGAUAAAUGUUUGGAAUCGAGAAUUCGCAGCGUUCAUUUUGGUGCACUUGGAAUAAUUAGGCGGGAGUCGCUAAUCGACAUCAUGCCUCUAGUCGUGAUGACCGGUUACCCAGCGAGUGGUAAGACCCUCCGAACAGAACAGAUGGAAGAGUUCUUCCGAAUGAAGUAUCCCGAUAAGAAGGUCAUGUCGGUCUCCGAAAGCGAAAAUUUGGACAGGAACAAAGUCUUCAUGGAUUCGAAGGAGGAAAAGGAGCUGAGGGGUCGCCUGAUGUCUGAGGUUCAGCGAAAUUUGAGUCGCGACUCGAUUUUGAUAUUUGAUGCUGGCAAUUACAUCAAAGGUUAUCGGUAUGAGUUGUACUGCCUCUCGAAGUCCGUUAAAACUACUCAAUGUACUGUCGCGUUGCCGGUGAAUGUCGGGAGCGCAUGGCAGAGGAAUUCGGAUCGCCCUCAGAAGGAUCAGUACUCCAGAGAAACAUUUGACGCCUUGAUUCUCAGAUAUGAAGAUCCCGACCCCAAGAACCGGUGGGACUCACCCUUGAUAAUUGUACAAGAGGAACAAGUUGUCCCUUUCGAACAAGUGGACGCAGCGCUUUUCGGCAGAAAAGCUCCAACGCCAAAUCAGGCGACCAUGGCACAACCACAUCUUUCAACCAAUUUCCUGUACGAUCUCGACCGUUUGACGCAGGAAACCGUGGAUAAAGUUCUGAAAAGUCCGGUCGACUACGUCAAUCGAAGAAUCACUCUACCGGAGCUUUCACGUCUCCGGAGGCAGUUCAUAACCUACGUGAAGCAGAAUCCGAUCGAGGACACCAACAAGAUCGGCCCAUUGUUCGAGAAUUACAUUAAGAAUACUGUGAUCUGAACUGCGAUAUUCUGUUCAAAUGAGGCCGCUGAGUAA